UUCAAGGUCAGACAGCUCUUUAGCUUGCCUAUCUUAUGCAGUUAGUGCUGUUCAUUGUUAGUAGUGUUCCAUGUUUGAGUUGUCCCUGGUAAUCUUUGGAGUUUUUCUGAGAUACAGAGCAGUAAAGCAACAUCAAUUUAUUAAAAUAUAUUUUAAGUCUUUUAACUUCACAUCCUAUUUUUGAAGGGGAGGGAAAGGGGAUAGAAAGUACAAGGGUCAAGGUGUCUUGCAUGCUUUGAUACCCAGCACUACAUAUGGUCCUUUACCAGGAGUGACUCCUGAGCACCACUGGAUGAUGUAGUCCCAAAAAAUGGGAAUGGAGGUAUCUGUCACAGGUUAUUUCUCAGAGGUAAUCUCAUGACCUUUGGACUAUUUGUCCUAGGCCAACAUAGGAUUGUAAGAUGCAUACAAUGACUAUAGUGGCCAUUAAGGAUCAAUGAUAAUGAAUAUGGAAGGGAAGUUUCCUUUGAAAAGAAAAAUGGAACUGGGGGAAACCCCAAGAUGAGGCAAUUUGAAAAAGUUACUAUUUUCUAAUUCCAAGUUAAGAGACUUGGAAUUAACAUAGUAAACCUAAAACUCUGAGCAGUGGUGAAGUGACCUCAUCCAAGUUUUCAAUUUCUACUCCGCCUGAUCCCUUUUUCUUGAACCUCAGAGCUAAAAUGUUCCUGUGUUCUCCUUCCCUAUUGGCUGGGGAGACCAAUUGAAAUUUCCUUGCCCAUAUUAGGAGGUGUACGCCUCCUGAAACUAAAGAUAGAAACAGCUGGUCCUUCCAGGCAGCUAAAAUCCUCCAGACUAAGGGGUGUUCCUCCAUUCGGCAGCCAGACUCCUUGAAAUACCCUUUCAGUAUUCUUCAAACUCUUCCUCCAUGUCUCUAUUUUGCCAUAACAAAGGCUGUGGGCAGCAUUUUGACCCCAAUACUAACCUUCCUGAUUCUUGUUGCCAUCACCCUGGAGUCCCAAUCUUCCAUGAUGCAUUGAAGGGUUGGUCCUGCUGCCAGAAGCGAACUUUAGAUUUCUCUGAGUUCUUAAAUAUCAAGGGCUGUACUAUGGGACCACACUCUGCUGAGAAGUUCCCAGAGGCCCCACAACCUGAUGGCCCUGCCACAAGCAGUUCACUUCAGGAGCAAAAACCUCUGAAUAUGUUUCCAAAGUCAGCAGAGACCUUGCACCAGGAGUGGCCCAAGUCAGAAUUGCCUCCAAAACUGCUGCCACUAAAUAUAUCCCAAGCCCUGGAAAUGGCAUUGGAACAGAAAGAACUAGACCAGGAGCCUGGAGCAGGACUUAACAGUAUGAUUUGGACUAGGUCCACAUGCCAGAACCCAGGAUGUGAUGCUGUUUACCAAGGCCUUGAAAGUGAUGCUAGUCCUUGUACAUACCACCCUGGAGCACCUCGAUUCCAUGAAGGGAUGAAGUCUUGGAGCUGUUGUGGCAUCCAGACCCUGGAUUUUGGGGCAUUCUUGACACAACCGGGAUGCAGAGUUGGUAGACAUGACUGGGGGAAGCAGCUGCCAGCCCUUUGCCGUCAGGAUUGGCAUCAGACAGAUUCCUUAGUUGUGGUGACCGUGUAUGGCCAGAUUCCACUUCCUGCAUUCAACUGGGUGAAAGCCAGUCAAACUGAGCUUUAUGUCCACAUUGUCUUUGAUGGUAACCGUGUAUUCCAAGCACAAAUGAAGCUGUGGGGGGUCAUAAAUGUGGAGCAGAGUUCUGUCUCCUUGAUGCCAUCUCGGGUUGAAAUCUCCCUGGUCAAGGUUGAUCCAGGAUCAUGGGCCCAGCUGGAGCACCCCAAUGCAGUAAAUGAAAAGGCAGGGGUUGGGAUAGACGAAGUAGAAUCAGAUGACUCAUCUGAUCUGAGCUGGACAGAUGAGGAAGAAGGGGAGGGCACAAUGAGGGAAUAACAGCAGUCUGCCAGUGUCCAGCUAGGACCUCACUGACUCAGUUAAAAAUCUCAGAGACCAGUAUAUAUGGUUUGCAAUGGGGUGUCUUGGAGUUCGAAGAGGGGGGAAAACAAAAGUGUGCCAAUUAUGCUAUUCUUUCUCUUAAAUAAACCUUGUAUUCAGCAAUA